UCGCAGGCAGCUGCUGAGGCGGUGGAUGGCUGGAGCCUCCGGCGCCAUGAACACCUUCGGGGCUGGCCUGCUCCUCUGGGCUGUGGCAGCGUGUGCGGGGACAGACGAGCUUCUGCACGAGCUAGAUGAAACCAGCUUUCAAAAAUGCAGGGAUGCCUUGAAGCUACCUGUCCUGGAAGUCUUACCUGGAGGGGGAUGGGACAAUCUGCGGAAUAUAGACAUGGGGCGGGUGAUAGAGCUGACCUACACUCGCUGUAGGACCACCGAGGAUGGGCAAUACAUCAUCCCCAACGAAAUCUUCACCAUUCCCCAGAAAGAGAGCAGCUUGGAGAUGAACUCCGAAAUCCUGCAGUCCUGGACGGAUUACAGGAGCAGCACCUCUUCUUCUGUCAAUUUGGACGUUGCCCUUUUUUCCAAGGUCAAUGGCAAAUUUUCUGCCGAGUUCCAGAGGAUGAAGACCCUUCAAGUGAAGGACCAAGCUGUAACCACUCGAGUCCAAGUCAGAAACUUGGUCUACACAGUCAAAAUGAACCCAGCCUCAGAAUUCACCUGGGAGUUUAAGGAGCUGCUCAUGGACAUCUCUAACCGGCUAGAGAACAACCAGACGAGGAUGGCCACCUACCUGGCGGAACUCCUAGUCCUGCACUACGGCACCCACGUCAUCACCAGUGUGGACGCCGGGGCAGCUCUGGUUCAGGAGGACCACAUCAGGUCCUCCACCCUCCAGGACAGCCAGACCAGCCAAAAGAGCCUGACUGCAUCUGCUGGAGUUGUCUUCUCAAAAGUCGUGAACGCCAAAGUUGAAACUGGGUACUCCACUGAGGAAGCCCUGAUCAAGAGCUACCUCGCCAAUCGCACCAACUCCAGGGUGCUGAGCUUUGGAGGGGUUCCCUUUCACCCAGGCAUCACCCUUGAAGUCUGGCAGCAAGGCAUCCACAACCACCUGGUGGCGGUGGACCGGGCUGGCCUGCCCCUUCACUUCUUCAUCAAGCCGGACAUGCUGCCCGAGCUGCCGGGGCCACUGGUGAAGCAGGUGUCUCAGACGGUGGAGGCUGCUGUGCAUCGCUAUUACACCUUCAAUACCUAUCCCGGGUGCACAGACGCUGGCUCCCCGAACUUCAACUUUCAAGCCAAUACCGAUGAUGGCUCCUGCGGUGGGAAGACGAACAACAUCUCCUUUGGUGGCAUUUAUCAGGAAUGCACCCAGUUCUCAGGCAGCGAUCUUGCCCUCUGCCCAAACUUGGAGCAGAAGAAUCCACUCACAGGUAACUUCUCCUGCCCCUCCGGCUACACCCCAGUCCACCUGCUGUCCCAGACCCAUGAGGAGGGUUACAACCACCUGGAGUGCCGAAAGAAGUGCACGCUCCUCGUCUUUUGCAAGACAGUGUGUGAAGAUGUGUUCCGGGUGGCAAAGGCUGAAUUUAGGGCAUUUUGGUGUGCGGCCAGCCGGCAAGCGCCUGGAAACUUGGGACUUCUCUUUGGGGGUCUCUUCAGCAGUGGGGGUGUAAACCCCAUGACAAACGAACAGUCCUGCCCAGCGGGCUACACUACACUGAGCCUCUUUGAGACCCUCAAGGUAUGUGUGACACAGGACUACGAGUUGGGGUACAGGCUUUCUGUCCCCUUUGGGGGGUUCUUCAGCUGUGCAGUGGGGAACCCCUUGGUGAGCUCUGCUUUAUCUGGGGACCUCCAGAAAAAGUGUCCCGGGGGCUUCAGCCAGCACUUGGCCCUCAUCAUCGACGGAUGCCAGGUGUCCUAUUGUGUCAGGGCGGGGGCAUUCACUGGGGGGUCCCUGCCCCCCGCCAGGCUCCCACCUUUCACGCGGCCACCCCUCAUGAGCCAGGCUUCCACCAACACCGUCAUGGUGACCAACAGCGAGAGCACCAGCUCUUGGAUCAGAGAUUCCCGGACGCACCGCUGGAGGCUGGGAGAGCCGCAGGAGCUUCGCAGAGCCAUGAGGAUCAUCCGUGGGGAGAGCAGCGGGCUGUCUGGGGGCGCAGCAGUGGGCGUCUCAGUGGCCGUCACCACCCUGCUGGCAGCCCUCAUCGCCUUGGCUUUCUAUGGCAUCCGCAAGCGCAAGAAUAAAGGGUACCAGGCAAUCAACGGGGAGGAGGAGAGUUUGGUUGCAGAGAUUGCAGCUGCCGGAAACAUCCCCGAGCUACAGCCGGAGGGAAGUCCAGCUUAAAUCUCUGCUGGUCACGAUUUCUGUCACCUCUGACCACAGCCGCAAGCCUCUCUUUCAUUCCUUUCCUCUCCACGCCUGUGUUCCCACGUCAGCAAGCACCAAGUGUAACAAAACGCAGGUAUAACUGUGUGACUUCUGGUUUGGCUCUCAGGGCCAGGAAGUUAGAGAAGCCCCAUGGACAAGGUGGGCAGUGGGGAGAUGGAGCAGCUGUGACCUGGGGACUAACAGCUAAAGGGGUGUCUGCUCUCAAUAUUGGCCAUGUAUCUUCUUCACUUGGUGCGUGUGUGCAAAAAGGGAGGAUGCAGACAUUUGACUUUGGAAAUGAAGCUCGCAAUGGUUUCUCAUUUGUCAGCUGUAAGAAUUUCUGCCCUUAAGCACCACUUGCCUUUUAUUUGUGCUUUUAGAAGCUGUUUGUACUUUAUGCUCCUAUGUAUCUUAGUGAAAAGAUACGGGAAGCCCGGUGUGGCCCCUGCUUUUUAGUCUCGAGGGUCUCAGGCUGCUCCCCCAGGAAGAUGUUCUCCAUCCAAGUCCACCUUUUCCAACUGCCCCACAGUUAGGACUUACUUCUGACUGGAGUUACCAAGUGCUCAGAAAAUAUUCCAACUGACACGCUCCUAUUAGCAGGCCAAGGGCAAAGGGAUGGUUAGGAAAGGCAGAGUAAAGGUAAAAAACCGAAAAGCUCUGGUGCUUGGGAGAAACUGGAAUCCUUAGCCAACUGAUUUCCUCUUUCCUACCGCAUAGUGAAGCAGGCACUGGAAGGAGCUAUACAUGUGGGGAGCCCAACCACUCCAGUUUCAUGUUGUUACCAAAAAGAACCCCUUCCUCCUACUGCCAUGAACGGGCCUAGCCCUUCCCACCAUCCACCACCUGUGUGGGUGUGUGGCAAGCACAGGCACAAUGCACACCCAGAUUCCACCAAGAGGCUCACAUUUUCCCAGGGGGGAAAAAGGGAGAAGUCGAAGUGAGCCCGCUUCUAAGUAUUACUUCCUCCCUCAAACAAAACAAAAAUAGAAAGCACCAAUUGCUCUACCCACUCCACCCCUCUGCAGAAAAGGGGUUCUAAUAUCAAAUUCAGGCCUUUGAAUGGAACCCCCGGAGACAUCUAUCUGAGCUCCAGGCUGGCCCUGGGGCAUCUGGCAGGAUGCGUGACUACCAAUAUUUGGGCUUUGCUCAAUUUUAGCAGUGGCUGUAUCUAAUUGUAAUCACCUCCGUAAUGUUUUUAAGAAGUAUAUAUUUAUUUACCCAAUCAAAUGUCAUUAGUGAGCUGCUGUCUGGAAGGGUAAUCUGUUCUCUUCCACGCAGGCCCUCUUCUAUAGGGUCGGAAGGGUCCCAGCUUGUGGGGAGCUGGGAAUAAGAACUGACUUAUUUCUGACUGACACUCGGUGUGAAGAACAGAGUCUGAGCCCCACUUCGACUGCCUGGCCAAGGACACCGAUUUCUACAACCUCUGCACUCAACUCUGCCCCUUAAGCAUUCAACUAUCUUCCUAAACUUCUGGGUAUUUUGUGGGCUCUGGGUGUUUUGUAUGUUUCAGCCAAUCUAACCACGUUUCUGCCAAAUCCUGACUUUCCUACUGAAUUCUCUGAUGAUUUUGGAAUCAAACAGGCAAGGGUUCCUGAGCUUUUAAUGCACUAAUUGCCCAAAGAAAUGAAAAGUUCUUCACAAGUUUCUAUUUUGAUAAUAAAAUGGCACAUAAAUAUGCACUAAAACACGCACAGAGGAGCGCUCUGCCCUACUGUUCAUUCACAUGGAAUCAGCAUGCGGAGCCUGCAGCUCACAUCCAUCAGUCACUUUGCGAAGUCAGGUCUCGGGUGCGGGGCUCACAGGGCCUACGGAGCUGUUUCCUACCUGAGGAUCCAGGCUGGGAGCUGCGGAAAGACCAGUCCUGGCUUCCAAGGAAACCACACUGCA